AUUUAAUGUACUAGAACUUAUUUUAGAACUACAUGACUACUCCCUAAGGAUAAUACUUCCCAUAAUGCUAUCCUUAAUACUAUUAUCCUGUUUAAAAUCCAUAUUAUUCACAAUAUUAAGUAAUGUAGGCUAGACCUGUUCUUAUGAUCAAGAAGAAACCUGAUCAAAUAAAAUAAGAAGACAAUAUUAUUGAAACUAUACCUAAAAAGUCUGUUCCUAUUGGUGAUUUUGAGAAAACCUCAGAACAAAUUUAAAAACCUUCAGUUUAAAUCUAAUCUGAUGAUAAAGGGAGCAAUUUAAAGCCCAAUUUAUUAGUCGAUUCAACUAAUAUUCAAAAAAAUUUCUCUAAAGCUAUCGUCCAAUAUGCUUUGAGAUAAAAGAAAACAGUUUAUCAAAUUCUUGGAGAAGAAAAAGGAAAUCAAUUUCUUUUGUUCAUGAGUGAACUUGUAAAUCAACUCAGAAAUCUAUUCCAUCUAGUCAAAUACACACAAGAUGAAGAAUAUCUUAAACUCAUUAGAAUUUUAGGGUAUAUUUUUUUGAAUGAUAAUAGUAAUAACUUUUUAAGGAAAGAAAGUACAUGUUAUAUUUAUAAUUCAAAAAUAAGAUAAAAAACGAGUCACAUCAAGCACAAAGCAAUAGUAAAAAAAGUCCUAUUAAAACUUUGAAAUUAACAAUAUUUUUUUUUAUGUAUGAAUCCAG